ACUACUGCUAACAAAAGUUAUCGAAGGCUCGUAAUGAUAUAAUCAAUUACAUAAAUAACAUAAAUAUAAACAAUUGUAAAAUGGCGUCGAUUAGAGCACUUUCCAUUGGAAAAAAAUUGAUGAAACCAAAGAAACUACCGGUUAUUCAAGCAUUUACUUCAGCGUCGACACUCGCAAGCAGCGAAAAAAGAAUGAAGACAUUUUCCGUAUAUCGAUGGAAUCCAGAAAAAGAUGGUGAUAAACCUCGUAUGCAAGACUAUGAAGUUGACUUGGACAGUUGUGGUCCUAUGGUGCUUGAUGCUUUGAUUAAAAUCAAAAAUGAAAUUGAUCCAACUUUGACCUUUCGUCGAUCAUGUCGUGAAGGAAUUUGUGGAUCAUGUGCUAUGAACAUUGGUGGAAAGAACACAUUGGCAUGCAUCAGUCGCAUUGAUGAUACGUCCAAUAAAAAGGAAAAAAUCUACCCCCUGCCACACAUGUAUGUCAUUAAAGAUCUUGUUCCUGACAUGACCCAUUUCUAUGAACAAUAUCGUUCAAUAAAACCAUAUCUCAUGCGCAAAGAUGACUUGGAGGAAGGUAAAGAACAGCUUCUUCAAAGUGUGGAAGAUCGUACCAAAUUGGAUGGACUAUAUGAGUGCAUACUAUGUGCUUGUUGCACAACAUCAUGCCCAAGUUACUGGUGGCAUGGGGACAAAUAUCUUGGUCCAGCUGUCCUUAUGCAGGCAUACCGUUGGAUGAUUGAUAGCAGGGAUCAUUAUCAGAAUGAAAGAUUGGCAAUGCUUGAUAAUCAUCACAGUGUAUAUCCAUGUAAAACAAUCAUGAAUUGCACCAUGACGUGUCCUAAGGGGUUAAAUCCAGGUGAAGCUGUUGGCAAGAUCAAGACCAUGAUGGCAUCAUACGAGAAACCUAAGGAGGCUGCCAUUUAAUGCUUUAAAUAACAAAGAAACAGAUUACAUUGACAGUAUAAAGUUCAAUUCUUGUUUUCAUAACAAUAACAGUUCUAUGUUGAAUGUGAAAUACUACAAAUGGAAUACUUAAUCACUAUGUAUUUAUAACAGGAUAUAAUUUUGUGUAUUGUUAAGUUGAAUGAAAUAAAUUUUUUUCCAUUGAUGAUAA